AUGGCACCAGGUGACCGAAUGACGCUGACGAUGGCUUCUACCCUCCUUCCCGCGCCGAGGCGCGGGAUAGCAGCCAGGACAUCGCCGGGCCGUCGGGUAUUCAGCUCGACGCGUCAGCGUGUCGUAUCGCGGCACCGAGGUGCUGAAACCCCUGACGCUCACCAUCGCCCCCGGCGAAGUGCUGGCGCUGAUCGGCCCCUCGGUUCGGGUAAAACCACCGUGCUGCGGGCGAUCGCGGCUUCGUGCAGCCCUCCGCCGGGCGUAUUGCCAUCGGUGACGUCGAUGUCACCGACGUGCCGCCUUAUGAGCGCGGCCUGGGCAUGGUGGUACAGAACUACGCGCUGUUUCCGCAUAUUGCGCGUCGAAGACAAUGUGGCGUUCGGCCUGCGCGCCCAGGGCAAGCCGCGCGGCCUCACCGCCGAGCGCGUCGAAGAGGCGUUGGCCAUCGUCGGCAUGUCCGCCUACGCCAAGCGCUAUCCCAGCCAGCUCUCCGGUGGCCAACAGCAGCGCGUGGCGAUCGCCGCGCCAUCGCGGUGCGCCCCAAAGUCUUGCUGCUGGAUGAACCGCUGUCGGCGCUGGACGCGCAAAUUCGCCACAGCAUGGUGGAAGAGAUCGCCCGCUGCACCGCGAACUGCCGGAUCUGACCAUCCUGUACGUCACACCAACGAUCAGGGCGAAGCGCUGACGCUGGCGGACAAGAUUGGCAUCAUGCGCGACGGCCACCUGAUCGCCCACGGCGAGACCCGCGCGCUGUACCAUCAUCCAACGAACCGUUUCGCCGCCGAGUUCCUCGCCGCGCCAACUGCUGCCGGCCACCGCGCUGGAGACCACUACCGGGCAAGGCAUGACCACGUCAGCUGCGCCGGCAAAGUGAUCGGCUGCUUUACCUAUGGUGCGCAACGCGGUUUCGACAAACUGCUGUGUAUUCGGCCGCAGCAUAUUGCGCUCGAUGCCGACGCCCAGCGCAGCAACUGCAUCAUCGGUACGCUGCGCGAUAUUCACUGGCAGGGGGAGUUGACGCACCUGCAGUUCGACGCGGAAGGCCAUCCGCUGCGCGUGGUCACCACCCAUCGCAGCCAGAUGCCGCAGCUCGGCGAGCGCGUGCCGCUCUAUUUCGCCCCGACGACGCGGUACUGA